GAUUUCCGGUUUCGGAAAUAAGCUCCUCGAUGUGGAAGGAUGGGCAAGACCUCUUAUCAUUGAACGGAAAAGACAUGCUAUUAAACGGACGUGCACCGAAAACUGGUGAAAUAAUGUUUAUGCCAAAGCUAGCCAGGCUUCGAGGACGACUAGAAAAUAGGUUUUACUAUACAGGUCGAAUUGCUCAAGCUAUCGUGGAUUUAGUUCAAUCUCAAGGAGGUGUCAUGUCUUUGGAAGACUUAGCUUCUCACACUAGUACUCGUGUGGAUCCUAUAUGUAUUGAUUAUAAGGGAUUUACCGUUUGGGAAUGCCCUCCAAACGGACAAGGAAUCACGGCUCUAAUUGCCUUAGGAAUUUUGGAAUCAUUACAGAAAAAUGGCGUGGUUAAGGAUCUUGGUGAUAUGAAACAUAAUUCAGCAGAAUAUCUACAUGCUGUAAUUGAAAGUUUGCGCCUAGCAUUUGAGGAUUCAAAGUAUUAUGUUACUGACCCGGAGAUUUACCCUAUUCCUGUAAAGGAACUUUUGUCCAAGGAUUACCUCGCGAAGCGUGCAAACCUUUUUGAUCCGAAAAUGGCAAAAAUUGAUGUUGAAAGAGGAUCUCCCGAAAACUCGAGUGAUACAGUUUACUUUUCUAUAGUUGACGAAGAAGGAAAUGCUU